UCCCCCUUGGCAUCGAUCCCGUGGCUUCUGACCAAACACAUUCCUCAAGAACUCCUCCUACAUCCAAUAAUCGGUCCUUCCCUUAAAACCUUUCGCUUAACCUGUAAAUCGGCCUCCAUUUCCAAUGUCCCCAACCCGCUAACUUCUCUUCGCCUCAAUCCAGACUUCCCUCCCGGUAUGCAUAAGUCCUUUCCAUCAGCACAUUGGCCACACAGUCAAGUAUUGGCAAACCACUUUUUUCACAAAGGUCAGCUGAAGUCUUGUUCUUUCCUGGCAAGUACUAUGGUGAUCUCACCUUUCCCUUUUGGGUCUAUCUUCAAAUCAGACAUUUUCUUCUCUCUCCUGCAUAUCGCCAUAAAU